AUGGCCGGCGACGGUAAAGGCGAGGGGAGCGGCGCCAAGGAUGGCGUCGUGGUCCAGCGGGUGGUGCGUGAGGUGUCAGGCGGGACUAGCUACCCCGUUCUCACCAAAACGAACUACACCGAGUGGGCACUCCUCAUGAGGGUCAAGCUCAGGGCCCAGGCGCUCUGGGCCGCCGUCAACACAGGAGGCGUGGAUUCUCAGGAAGACAUGAUGGCGCUCGAUGCUCUGUGCAGCGCCGUGCCGCCGGAGAUGGUGUCCGCGAUCGCCGACAAAGAAACGACGAAGGAAGCCUGGGAUGCUAUCAAGACCAUGCGAGUUGGCGAUGACCGCGUGAAGAAGUCGAGCGCCCAACAGCUGCGCAGGCAGUUCGAGGUAGCGGCGUUCAAGGACGGUGAGUCCGUUGAAGAGUUCGCUCUGCAACUGAGCGGCAUGGUGGCCACUCUGGCGACUCUCGACGAGGUUGUGGAGGAGACCAAGGUAGUGGAGAAGCUGUUCUGCAGCGUGCCGCAGCGAUUUCGUCAGAUCGUCCUGGCAAUUGAGACGCUGCUUGACGCGUCCAAGCUCACGCUGGCGGAUGCGACAGGGAGGUUGAAGGCCGCCGAAGAUGCGUUCGAGCCGCCACUGUCAAUGGUGCAACACGAUGGCAAGUUGUAUUUGACAGAGGAGGAAUGGGAUGCGAGGAGAAAACGGCGCGAGGCCAAGAAUCGUGAUGGCAGCGGCGGCUCAAGCAAGAACUUCGCGCGUCGAGGAAGGGGGCGUUCGAAUGGGCAUGCACGAAUGGGCCAUGGCGGCGGAUUGUCGUCGGGCGGGCCGCCAGUGGCCUCGGACCAGUGCCGGAGGUGUGGAAAACAUGGGCAUUGGGCCCGGGAGUGCAGGUCGAAGCCGAAGAAGGAGCAGGCCCAUGUGGCCCACGAAGAGGAGGCUGCUUUACUGCUGCUGCGAGCGAGUGUCGGCAGAAUCCCCAUUUCGUCGCCGGUACAGGAUUCCCCCGCGAUCACACCGACGACCAGAGCGGCGAAAUGUGAGGUCGUGCAGGAGCGGGCGGUGUCGUGCCUAGCCCCGAACCUCGACAUCGGACCUGUGGAGGCGUCGGCGGGUUCCCCGCCCCAAAUCCGGGAGGAGAAGGUCUUCGUGCAGCUUGGGAGAGCGGAGGAGAACCGCGAUGCCAAGCGAUGGAUCCUCGACACUGGAGCGACGAACCACAUGACGGGGUCGCGAGCCGCCUUUGUCGAGAUGAACACCAAAGUCUGCGGAACGGUGCGGUUCGGCGACGAAUCCGUCGCGCGGAUCGAAGGAUGCGGGACCGUGAUGUUCGUCUGCAAGAACGGCGAGCACCGCUCCUUUGCCGGUGUCUACUACAUCCCCCAGCUCACGACGAACAUUGUGAGUGUGGGUCAACUCGACGAGGGAGGUUAUCAGGUGCUGAUUGAUGGCGGAGUGAUGACGAUUCGUGAACUGGGAGGACGCCUGCCAAGGUGA